AUGGAUGCAGGCUGCACAGGCAGUGGAACCACGCGGUGCCUCAUCCAAGAUGGCGAACACUGCGAGCAUCAACAGCUCCAGCACAGCUCCACUAGAUCUAGCGACCAGAUUAGACAGCACAAUCUUGCCCCAAUGCAGACGAGCAUUUACUCACCUGGACGACGCUCUCACCAACAGACAUCGACACCAGUGGUCAAGAAGGCAUUAGAUCAGCGCAAGAGCAUGCGGUGUCUCCCAAUCCUGUCUAAGGUGGCACAGAGGCAGACAGUGAUGCGGUCUACUGCUGAAGAAGAGCAUAAGAAUACAGAACCAAGGGAACUGGAUCCAGAAGCCUGCACUAUUCUUCCUUAA